AUGUCGAAUGCCAACCCCAAUGACAACAACAACGAGCAGCCCCCAGCCGCCAAGAGGCAGCGAUUGUCAGAUGUUGCAAGUAAAGAUGAAAGUACUUUGAAUGAGAUUUCGACUACUAUGGACAGCAGUGAGGGUGAGGUCGGCGGGUCCUCGGGUGGUGGCGUCUCCGAUCUUCGUGAGCUACUGCAUAACAUACUGGUGUGCGUUGUGUGCCGCGAGGUUCCACAACCACACGACUUCUAUCAGUGCAGCCAUGGGCAUAUCAUGUGUGAGGACUGCAAGACCGCCGUUCUGGCUGUUGCCAUCUUCAAUAAAACGCGUGCCUGCUGCCCAAGUUGUCGAUCGCUCAUUAGAAACUACGAUCAGGAGCAGAAUCUAGUGGUGCGCCAGACCCUCUGGGAGCUACCCAUCAGCUGCCCCAGCUGCAAUGACCAGUUCUCAGAUAGGAAAGAUCUCUCCAGACACUUGGAGUUCGUUUGUGAGGGGCGUGUGGUUUGCUGGAAGUACCACUGCGUGGGCUGUUCUUGGAAGGGCUCCUACAAGGACAGCGUCUCACAUGAUUCCGACUGUGGGUUUCCCCAGAAGCAGGGAAAGGAGAUCCUAGAUAUUCUGCUGCAUGUCGAAGACAGGGAGCUUGAGGCCCAAAAGCCCGUGUUGCAGCUCCAUCGGGUGCUGAGUGCUAGCCGGACGAUUCGUGCCUUUGAGGAGGAUUGGGUGCUGCGUCUACGUCUGAAAAGAGCUGGGGAAAAAAUCACCGUCAGCGGCCAGCUAUUGCUUUCGACUACCCCACGAGUGUCCCUCCUGGUUGACCAUUUGAUCCAGAUGCCGCAGAGUGUCUGCAGCGCCAAGCAGCUGCACGACAUACGCCCGCGUAUCUACCGCCAUAUUUUCGAUUCAACCGGCAAGUGCGCAAAGCGCCAGGAGCUUCCCUUGGCGGGACCUCAGGCCCUGUACCGGCUAUUUGCCAUGACCCGGAUCCAGCUCCGUUUGUGGAUGUUUUUGCAUUAUUGA